AUGGCCACAUGUAUAGCAAAAUCCCAGGGCAAUGGGAGCCUUGAGCACCUUUCUACAGCUAACACCAUCCAAGUAGGAGCAUGGAAGUGGCGUGUGAGUGUGGUUGGAAGGCUGGCUGGGUUCUCCUCCUCGGCCAGCCUCUUGGUGCAAGAAAAUGCGGACCGGCGGGUGUUUGCUUGCACUUCAGACUCCCUCUCCAAAAUACAGGCAGCGCAGAGAAGCAAGUGCAAGCACGGAAAGAUCUGGGAAGCGGAUCCGGCGUCCCGGGAAGUUCCCCGGCUUCCCGCUCCCUGCGCCUGGAAGCAGGCGCUGCUGGGGGGCACCACAGCAGCUCUCCCGGGCACCUGCGGCAAGACGAGACGUGCCCGUUUGAUUUCUGCUCCCCCUGCUCGCUGUAAGGGGCGCCAGCAGCCGGGACGCCGCCCCCUGCCCCAACACCCGCUCCCCGGCCGGCAGGGCCCCGCACGCCCGGGCAGCGCUGCCUCCGCGGGCCCCGCCGCUCGCCGGGACGCGGUGCCGGGAGCCGAGCUCGGGGGGGGACGGAGCCGCCGGGCCGGCCCGCUCCCCGCCUGCCCCCCGUGCUCCGCCUGCCGCCGUGUGGCGUCAUCGCUGGCGUCAUCAGGCGGCGCUGGCGGCCUGCGGGUGAGCUGCGGCGGCGGCGGGGCCCGCGCCUGGUCCCCGCAGCCCGGGGGGAGGCCCCGUCCCUCGGCCUGUCCUUCCCCCUUCGGGGCGGGGGCCGUGCGGUCCCCUGGGUCCCGAGGGCAGCUCCGGAGGCCUCCGGGAGUGCGGCCGGGCAGCGUGUGUGUGCCUUCCCCUCGUGCUGCGGCUGCGGAAGGGGCGGCAGUGGCCGCCGGGGGAGGCCGUGCGGUGAAUAGAGCGAAACAAAAUCAGGAAGCUGAUGCCAAAGAAGGACCAACUGUUGAGGUGUCUUGUAGUCCAUCGUUAAUAGAACCUACAUGUUCCAGCUCUGAGACACAAGGAACUGCAAAAAUGAGGAAAAAUGACACUGCUUCCAGACAUUUGGUUCCUCCAUCUGAUGAUAAUGAAAAUGAACAGUCAAAAUCUAUUCAAAGAAAGAGAGUGCUUCCAUCUUGGAUGCUGGAAAGAGAUGUCCUGGUUCAGAGGAUUUCUGAGCCUGUGAUGAAAGGAGGUAGUAGAAUGAAAAAAGGCCAAGGAAGUGGAGAAAGUAAUAUGGAGUCAUUAAAAUCAGAAGUAAGUGUGCAGCAGAAAAAAAUAUUAGCUUCUGAAGAAACUGUAGAGGAUUUUGAAGGUGAAGAGCAAGAUCAAAGGAAAAGGAGCUGCCUUUCCAUCCCUGUGCGUUCAUCUCAGAAUCCAUCUGGAUUUCCUCUUGAGAGUACCAUGAGAAACAUGGAAGGAAAUGGCAAGACUGGAAAAAAAAACCCCGGAAGUUCUCUGGAAAAAAAUGUUAGGGAACUGCAUAGUAAAUGGUCCACCAGAAUAGGUCAGAUCUCCAGUAAAACAAAUGUAAUUGAGGAAACAGAAAACAAAGAGCAGAUUACUAGUUCUACAAGCAAACAAGCUCACUGGGGCAGGACUUCCCAAUGUUUUGGUGCCCAGGAAGGGAUUCUUGAGCCUGAUGCAAAUCUGGAUUACAAGACCGAGAUUUCUGACUCAACCAGCAGUGCAGAUGCUUCAGGAAACUCCAAACAGAUCAAGCAUAAGAGGACACCUUGCAUGUAUGGAACAGGCUGUUACAGGAAGAAUCCCAUUCACUUUCAGCAAUUCAGUCACCCUAAUGAUGAGGACUAUCAUGAAACUGAGGUGGUAACUCAGGAUAAGGAUGAUAACCGGCCUGAAUGUCCGUAUGGAACAGCUUGUUAUAGGAAGAAUCCACAGCACAAGCUAGAAUACAAGCACAGUGCACCUCCAGUAACUGAAAGAGGAACUAGACAACGAACUUCCAGGAAUGGAAGGAGGGCUGGGGAGAAAGACUGUGCCAAUGAUGAUGAACCAAAUGAAUAUGACCUUAAUGACAGCUUUAUAGAUGAUGAGGAAGAGGAGUGUGAACCUACUGAUGAAGACUCUGACUGGGAGCCAAGUUCAGAAGACAAGGAUAAGGAAGAUGUUGAAACGCUUUUGCAAGAAGCAAACAGAUUUGUUAAGACAAAUAAGUAGCUGCGCAGAACAACAUUACAAAUGUUCAGUUGGGUUGUUAAAACAUGGAUGUGCAAGGAGAGGAAUUGCUUUGAAAACUUUUUUUUCCUCAGUGAUGCAGGAGCUACAAGAAGAUUUUAAUGAGGGUGAAGGGAUUCAGCAGGGCUUUUCUUUUCCAUAUGUGUUAUUUUGGUGACAGUUUUUUAUUAAGUGAUGGAGCCAGAGGACUGAGCUCUGAAAGCAUUUUGGGUUUUGGCUGUUUUUUUUCCUCAUCUAUUUAUUUUGGAGCUCCGUUGGUGUCUCAUAGUUUGAGAUGCAAUUUUAAAGGUUGAUAAUGCUUCAUCUUCCUGUGCUUGAAAGAAAUACUGGCAUUAGGAAAGCCUUUAGUUUUGCUGAAAUGUCAUAUAUUCUGUGUUGAAUGAAGAGGAGUUGCACUUCACACCUGCAGUAUCGUGAGCUGGUUCUUGGUCAUCACUAGGAAAUCUGUAUGAACCAUUUCAUUUUUUAACAUUGUUUUGGUUUGGUUCAGUCUUAAACUUCAUUAGUCUGCUACUAGCUUUCCUUUCACAUCAUUUCUUUGAUUCUGUUAAUGUACAGUAGUUAAAUACAGGUUGUCUAAAUCACUUGAGAACAGUAUCGCAGUAUCAAACCACUUGGUUGUCUCAAAAUUAAUUCUGUGUCUUUGCUCUAAUUGCAGCAGUACAUCUUUCCAUGUCUCUGCAUCACUGGAGUUGUGUUCAGUUCACAACAAAGCUUGAGUCUUGAUGACUGUAUUUUUGCACAAUUAAACUUGUAAAAUACUGUGGAGAAAAGAA